AUGGCUGAUGAUAUAUAUGUUGUGGAAAAAAUUCUUAAUAAACGAAUACUUGAAAAUGGUGAAAUAGAAUAUUUUUUAAAAUGGUUUGGUUAUAAUGAAGAUGAAGCAACAUGGGAACCAGAAGAAAAUGUUUUUUGUAAAGAUUUAAUACAAUUAUAUGAAAAAAGUGUAAAUAUAAAUGAGAAUAUAGAUGAUGAAUGUAAAGUAAUUAUUUCUGAAAUUCUCGGUGAAAUUGAAAAUCUUGAUGAAACAGUUUCUUCAAACAAUGUAAGUAUGGAUGAUCUAGCAAAUAGUUAUUGUUUACCAUCCACUAAUAUAUCUACUACUGCAACAAUUGAUGAAAAUCCAAGUACUGAUAAAUCAUUAUUGUCCGAUUUUCAAAAUGAAAAAGAAAAUGGUUUAUCUACAACUAAUGAUACAGAAAAUGACGAAUCACAAUUAACACAGAAUAAUUCAAACUCAACACCUAAUACGAAACGUCGUAAAAAACGAUCAAGAGCAGCAUCAUUUACUCGUAGAAAAAAACCUCGACCUGAUUCUAUUAAUCAUAAAUCAACUAUGGUUGAUGAGAAUGCUAAUGAUAUUCAAAGACAAGAACGAAAAGAAAUACAAAAUAAUACAAUAGAUUAUUUGUCACUUGAACCAGAACGUAUUGUUUCAAUAACACGUUCACGUUUACCAGCUGAACAACUUGAAUUUCUUUUACAAUGUAAAACUAGUCCAACAAAAUUAUAUUUUAUUUCAAAUGAUAAAGCAAAAGAACUUGUACCCGAUUUAUUAAUUGAAUUUUAUGAACGACAUAUUAAUUGGUUUAUGGAUAAACCAUCAUCAUCAUCAUCAUCAUCACCAUCAUCAUCAUCAAGACAAAAAAAAUCUAAACGAGAGAGCUAUUCAAAUCAUAGAAGUAAUACAAAUAGAAAAAAGUCCUAA